UAUUUUUUAAGUUAACGAUAACAGCUUGCUGCGAGAGAGAAAGAACAGUAUUGAUCUAGUAAAAACCCACGCACCUAAUUUGCGUGCUUGGUUACCUUGCAGAAUCGUGGUUCAACUUGCCAUUAUCAAACAGUAUUUUAAAAGAGCAGCAACGACUAACAACAUCAAAAAGUAAAAACUGGCAGUCAUGGAAGAAACUGAGGAAUACAAUUUUCGUGAAGAAGAAAAAAGCUCAUCAACGACAGAUUCAGCAACCAACAAAUGUUUGAUAUUUCAACUUAUUCCUGCAAAGAUUGCUUAUUUUUUUACAUACUGCUUCUUUGGUUCGUACAAACCGUAUAUUGUCGUCUUUUUGAUAUCAACUGGUUUAUCAGCAAGUAAAGCUGGACUGAUCUUUGGUAUCUGUCAGUUAGCGUCGUUUCUUUCUUUACCACUCUGGGGUGUAUUAAUCGAUCGUACUGGAAAGAGGUUGUUGUUUACAUUCGUAAUGUUAGUUGGUAUUGCUUCAACGCUGUUUCCGGCUCCCUGGAUAGCUGCAAGAUUUAAAUGUGAUCAUUACAUCGUCGGUAAUGUCAGUUCUAAUGAUUCGAGGAAUUCCGAAAAAUCACCAUCUUCAACAGUUUGUUUACAAAGUGAUAGUUCUAGAACUUUGUUUUUUGCAAUGUUAGUUGUGUUUACAGCAAGUUCGGUAUGUGAACAACCUUUUCUUUCCUUUCUCGAUUCCGUUGUGACAAGAAUUGUUAGUUUACAUAAAAGCAAAAUCUCGUUUGGGCAACAAAGAGUAUUUGGUUCCAUUGGUUAUGCAGUAGCUGGUAUGGUGACUGGCCUUGCCGCUGAUAAUUUUAAACAUUCAAAAUUAUCCCCAUACAGUGCAGUAUUUUUUGUGUUUUUACCAUUUUUAAUUGUAUCCAUCCCAUUUGUUGUUAGUCUUGUACGGAAAGCAACAUUUAAAAAUGAGAGCAAAGAACAAAAAGGAACGAAAAUUUUAAUAAAAACAGUAUUUAGAAUAUGCUGCAAGUUGGACAAUUUUGUGUUUCUUUUAACUGUUCUGGUAAAGGGAUCGAUGAGUGGCCUAAUGGAUAGUUUCGUGUUUGUCUUCAUGGAAAAGGAGAUGGACGCUGCUAAGUCAAUAAUGGGCAUAUCAAUUGCAAUCGCUUGUUUCAGUGAAGUUUUAGUAUUCCCAUUUGCAUCUCCAAUCAUAAAAAAGCUUCAAGGGGCCGUCCCUUGUGUUAUUAUUGGUUUGUUUUCCAUUAGUAUUCGUUUUGUCUUCUUCUCUGUUGUGCGCAAUCCAUGGUUUAUUUUACCGUGUCAACUGUCGCAUGCGUUAGAUUUUGCUUUAUUUUGGGCAGCAUCUAUUGAACAAACAAAGAGAAUAAGUCCUAAGGAAGUGUUAACAACAAUGUUUGCCAUUCUAAACAGUCUUCAUUUUGCUCUGGCAUCCCUAAUAAGCAGUAUUGCUGGUGGAUAUCUUUAUGACGCCUUUGGUGGACGCAUGUUAUUCCGUGGUGCUGGUAUUGUGGGUUUUGUAUGGUGUUUGGUCGCGAUAUUAUAUUACUACAUAUUGAAACGUCUUCUUCUACGUCAAUCAAGAAGUGAUGAUCUAACAGUGAAGGAAAUGCUGAAUAGAAAUAGUGAUUUAUAAAAUAUUUUUAAUGUUCCAAUAGUUUUUUUAAUGUUUUGAGAAAAUGUUAAUUGCAGGACCUUUUUUAUUUUUUGUUUUUUACUCGUAGUAUCUUUUUAAGUGGAAACGGUAUUGAUAGCAGAAGUGUUAAGGAAGAUAGCGCUAACAACAAAAGCAACUCGCUGUAGAAAGGGACCUGUUUUAAUUCUCGCACCUAUAGCACUUUAUACACCUUAAAGGACACAAUUUUUGCGACUAAUUUUAGAAAAAAAAAAUUUAGGGAGAAUAAUUUUCCCGAAGUUAUUAAGUGUAAAUUUUUUCGCUGGGAGAAAAAAAAAUUCGGUUAUUUCUACAAAGAAAAUUAUUCGACAUUUUCUUUCCUUUAUUUAUACCGUUUGACUUAUAUCGUUUGAUUAAUACCGUUUGAUUUUUAUCGUGCGUUUUUCAUAAAACAUUUUUAUGUAGGAUACAUUGAAGGGGCUACGAAACGAUUCAAUAAGCUCAAUCCUCGCAUAUUUCGAAGAAUGGCGUGUAAUAAACAAGCCACUCAAAAGGUGAAGGUGCAUACACACUUAUACACACUAAUACACACUUUAGAACCACACAGACUAGAUAACAAAACUAGACAACCUGUUUACGAAUAAUUAAUUUUUAUGAUGAAUUUGCUGCUUUUUAUUCUUAUUUUUCAAAAACAAA